AUGUCUCAACCCAGCCCCAAAUACAGUAUAGACACUCCCUAUUCUGAGGAUAUCCCACUCCAAAAUUUGACCUAUACACCCGCCAAACAAACGUUUGAUGCCGACGAUAUGUCGUCCGCCGACCCCGAAUCCCCCGCCAUCACCGCCGCCGACCUCCCUGAAGAUCCGUUGCUCGACCAAGAACUCAGACCCCUCUGGCACGGGCCCAGCGCCGCCACCGAUGACCCUCCCACGCGAUUCACCGGACGGGCGCUGGCAUGGCUUGAAGAAAUCCCCGAUAAAUUUGACCGGUUGGUCAGUUUCAAGGGUAAAUUGGCACUUUUGACGGGCUAUUUGAUCCUUUGGUAUUUGUGUAUCCACAGCAUUCUCUUCCCGUAUUUCAUGAACCCGCCGUUGGUUGAUGUUGCUGGAACCACGCCCGUCCGGACCUUGGGCUGUACGGACCAGUUCUGGCACGGGAAAAAUGGUGCUUGUGGCAUGGACGCACAAGAUUGUGUUCCAAACCCGUCCCAGAGCGACGUGUUUGUACGGUGUCCAGCUCUCUGUGACCGGAGCUGGACCUACUCCUUGAUCCCCAUGGGCCCAGAGCGGGUCAAGUACCGGGGCUACUUCAUUGGCGGUGGAGAUGACUUGAAAUCGCUGUCUCCUGCUGAACACCAGCUCUCAAACCCCUACAGAGCCGAUUCGUUUGUUUGUGGAGCCGCUGUGCACGCCGGAGUGAUUCUGCCGCUUACCGGUGGCUGCGCUCGUGUGUCCUAUAAAAGUGGUGGCCAACCACGGUUCGAAUCAGCCAAAGGUCACUACGGAGUUGACGAUUCGCUUGGGUUCAAUUCGUUUUUCCCAGCGUCUUUCUUCUUUAAAGUGGUGUCUGGCCUGACCCACCAGUGCUACGACCCCCGAAUCCCGGUACUAGUGAUGAACAUUGUGUUGGCGGUGCCCAUAGUGUAUUUGGCCAGUGGAAUGGUUGCUUUCUGGACUAUUAAUACGGUGGGAUUCUGGACCAUUGUGUUGGCAACAGACCCUCCCGUACAAGUGGAUUCAAGUGAUAGAGAAACAGCCGCUCUGUUGAUAUCCGUCGGCCUUGAGCGGUUUCUUCCCUCGUGUUUCAUCCUUUAUGUGUUAUGGAGAGCUUCUACCCAUCAGACCCUCACCGCACCCGAGAACUUCAAGACCUCGUACCUCAAACGUGUUUUAUUAUUCUGCCCGUUUUUCUGGCUAGGAGUACUAAACAACAUCAGUUUUGAUCGGCUACCAGUCGACAGGCUCACGGUGGCCGACUUGAAGGAGCAGGCAGGUGGUGCGGUGGCCGUGGGAGGAAUUGUGCUUCUUAUCACCACUUGUGCGAUUAUCCAGGCAUACAAAAUAUGGAAGGCUGGGAAGUUCAAGAAGUACCUUGUGAUCUACGUGCUGUUUAUCUUGGGUCUUGUGGCCGUGUCAAUGAUCCCUGGUCUUACUUUACGCGUCCACCACUAUAUUCUUGCCAUGCUUUUGAUUCCUGGGUGUAGCACCAGAGGUUCUACUGCGAUUAUGUUCCAAGGCAUCUUAUUGGGACUUUUCCUCUCGGGUGCAGCCCGCUGGGGGUUGGCGGCCAUAGCCGAAACUGACACUUCGCUUCGUCGUAACGAUCCUAGUGGUAAGGUUCUUCCUCCGGUAAUCACUGGAUUCGAUGUUUCCAGUGGUAUACUCAGCUGGAACAAUACUAUCAAUGAUGCUUACGAUGGAAUAUCCAUUCUCGUCAACGACAUCGAGAGGUACGUGGGAACUAAUGUCACCGGUGUGAACCUUAAACAGCUCUUCAAGAACUCGACUGAGUUGUCAAAUCUAAUUGAGACGUCUCUUGGGGCUAGUGCUGACAACAGUAAUAUUCCUUUGUACAUUCGGAUUGGGAAGAAGAUCAUGGGUACAAAGCGGUACAGUGACUUUUCCAAUGCUGCUGUGAUAACCUGGCCAGAGGGACACAUUGACCUUCCUAACCCUGGCAACACGUAG